GGCAGGCACGGGCUGGGGCUCAGUGGGUCGGACGCAGCCAUGGCGGAGGGAGGCGAGGGAGAGGAACUGCUCCGGCCGCCGCUGCCCGCCGCGGGCUCGCCGGGCCCCAAGCGCCUGUGCUCCCGGGGGGUGGGCGCGGCGGUGGCGGCGGCUCCCCGCGCGGGGGGCUGCCCGGGGGGUCCCGUCGGGGCGGAGGGCGGCGCGGCCAACGCCGUGGCGGUGGGGCCGCGGGGGUGCUGCCCCUCCUCGGGUGGGCCCGGCCCGCGGCCUGUCUGCGGGCCGGCCGGGCCGCUGCUGCCGCUCCAGCAGCCCGAGUCUCUGCUGGACGCGGCGGCCAAGCGAGUGGCGGGCAGCUGGGCCUUCGAGCGAGUGGAGGGCCGCUUCCAGCGCAUCCCCGAGCCCGUGCAGCGCCGCAUCGUCUACUGGAGCUUCCCCCGCAGCGAGCGCCAGAUCUGCAUGUACUCCAGCUUCCAGCCCGGGCGCCCCGGAGGAGGCGGCGCCGCCGGGCCCGGCAACGGCGCGUCGGCGGGCGGCACGGGAGCCGCGGGCAGCGGGACGGGCGUCGGCGGCGCCGAGGACAGUCCGGCGGCCCCGGCAGCCGCCACCGGCGCAGCCCUUCCCCCCGGCGCGCCCCCCCUACCGGCCUCGGGCGUCCCGGCCAGCGCCGCCGUCACCGAGGGGCUCCCCUUCCGCAGAGGCAUCCGCCUGCUGGAGACGGGCGCCGUGGACAACGUGCUGCAAGUGGGAUUCCACCUGAGUGGCACAGUAACAGAACCUGCCACUGCAACAGAAGCAGAAAUGACCUACAAGGUAGCCAUCAGCUUUGACCGGUGCAAAAUAACUUCUGUGACGUGUGGUUGCGGGAACAAGGACAUUUUUUACUGUGCACAUGUAGUGGCACUCUCACUGUACAGAAUUCGCAAGCCUGAUCAGGUCAAACUCCGUCUUCCUAUCUCAGAGACUCUUUUCCAAAUGAACAGAGACCAGCUCCAAAAGUUUGUUCAGUAUUUGAUCACAGCCCACCACACUGAAGUGCUCCCGACAGCCCAGAAAUUGGCUGAUGAAAUCUUGUCCUCCAACUCUGAAAUCAAUCAAGUGCAUGGUGCGCCAGACCCCACUGCAGGGGCAAGCAUCGAUGACGAGAAUUGCUGGCAUUUGGAUGAGGAACAGGUUCGAGAGCAGGUGAAGCUGUUCCUCUCCCAGGGAGGGUAUUAUGGCUCUGGAAAGCAACUCAAUUCCAUGUUUGCUAAGGUCCGUGAAAUGCUGCGCAUGAGAGAUUCCAAUGGCGCCAGGAUGCUUACACUAAUAACUGAACAGUUCAUGGCAGAUCCACGGCUUGCUCUCUGGAGACAGCAGGGAACUGGCAUGACGGACAAAUGCCGACAGCUUUGGGAUGAGCUAGGGGCCCUGUGGGUGUGUGUGGUGUUAAAUCCACACUGCACGCUAGAAGAGAAGGGAUGCUGGCUGCGACAGCUGCGGAAGUGGGGAGAUAUGGAUGUCUGCCCGCUGGAGGAUGGGAAUUACGGCAACGAACUUCCCAACAUCACUAGUGCACUUACUCAGAGCUCCAGUCACAGGCAAAGCUCUUUAGCAAGGUCAAGACGCACAGUGUUCACUCGUGCCAUUGAAGGUUGUGACCUGCACUGGCAGGAUAGCCACCUCCAGCGGAUAAUCAGCAGCGACUUCUACAUCUCUCCCUCUUAUCAAAGGGAGGGUGAGGGCCUCCUCUUCAACUCACAAGGACAGCCUUUGUGGCUGGAACAUGUUCCCACAGCCUGUGCCCGUGUCGAUGCCCUUCGUUCUCAUGGAUAUCCUAAGGAAGCACUCCGCCUAACGGUGGCUAUUAUCAACACCCUGAGGUUGCAACAACAGAGGCAGCUGGAGAUAUACAAGCAUCAAAAGAAAGAACUGCUGCAGAGAGGAGCAACCACCAUCACAAAUCUGGAGAGCUGGGUGGGGCACCCCCUCAAUCCCAUUGGUUGCUUAUUUCUCACUUUGACAGAAGCAUGUCGAGUAGAGGAUGAAAACUGCCUUGAAAUUUCAGAUGCUGGUGAUGCCAAGCCUCCCGUGUAUCAACAUGUGCCUGUGGCCAAUAGUUCCCCUGAGAGCGGGGAAUCCUACCUAUCCCUCGCUUUGGAAGUCGCGCUGAUGGGGAUGGGGCAGCAGCGGGUGAUGCCAGAGGGCCUUUAUGCUCAAGACAAAGUGUGGCGCAACGAGGAGCAAAUCAUUGCCCGCUUACAGGAGCUGCAGCUGGACGCUGUGCUGGUGCAGACGCUACGGAAACAGUGUAUCCUGCUCCUGGAAGGUGGCCCUUUCAGUGGCCUUGGCGAGGUCAUCCACCGCGAAAGCGUCCCCAUGCACACCUUUGCCAAGUACCUGUUUUCUGCCUUGCUGCCCCACGACGCUGACCUGGCCUACAAGCUGGCACUGCGCUCCAUGAGGCUGCCCGUUCUGGAGACGACGGCCUCAGGCGACGUCACCCACCCUCACCAUAUUGUUUCAGUGGUGCCUAGCAGAUACCCGCGCUGGUUUACUCUGGGACACUUGGAAUCACAACAGUGUGAACUUGCUUCCACUAUGCUGACAGCAGCCAAAGGCGACAUGCUGCGCCUACGUACGGUUCUGGAAGCCAUUCAAAAGAACAUCCAUUCCUCCUCUCUGAUCUUUAAGCUGGCCCAGGAUGCCUUCAAGAUUGCCACACCUGCGGAUAACAACUCUGACACAACCCUGCUCAAUGUGGCCCUGGAGCUGGGACUGCAGGUAAUGCGCAUGACCCUAUCAACCUUGAACUGGAGACGGAGGGAAAUGGUGCGAUGGCUGGUGACCUGUGCUACAGAAGUGGGUGUACGAGCCUUAGUCAGCAUCCUGCAGAGCUGGUACACCCUCUUCACCCCGACUGAAGCCACCAGCAUAGUAGCAGCGACGGUGAUGUCCCACACAACCAUCCUGCGCCUCAGCCUGGACUACCCGCAGCGAGAAGAACUGGCCAGCUGUGCCCGCACACUGGCCCUGCAGUGCGCCAUGAAGGAUCCCCAGAACUGCGCUCUCUCCGCCCUGACCCUCUGCGAGAAAGACCACAUCGCCUUUGAGACUGCCUACCAAAUUGUGAUAGACGCUGCUUCCACAGGCAUGACUUACUCGCAGCUUUUCACCAUUGCACGGUACAUGGAGCACCGUGGGUACCCUCUGCGGGCGUUCAAGCUGGCAUCUCUCGCCAUGACCCACCUCAACCUUGCCUAUAACCAGGACACGCACCCGGCCAUCAACGACGUGCUUUGGGCAUGUGCGCUCAGCCACUCUCUGGGCAAGAACGAGCUGGCGGCCAUCAUUCCACUGGUGGUGAAGAGCGUGCAUUGUGCCACGGUGCUGUCCGACAUCCUGCGCCGCUGCACCAUGACAGCCCCGGGCCUUGCAGGGAUUCCUGGCCGCAGGAACUCUGGGAAACUGAUGUCCACAGACAAAGCGCCUUUGCGCCAACUGCUGGACGCGACGAUAAGCGCUUACAUCAACACGACGCACUCUCGGCUCACCCACAUCAGCCCACGGCACUACGGGGAGUUCAUAGAGUUUCUCAGCAAAGCUCGGGAGACUUUCCUCCUGGCUCAGGACGGCCACAUUCAGUUUGCGCAGUUCAUAGACAACCUCAAGCAGAUAUACAAGGGCAAGAAGAAGCUCAUGUUGCUAGUGAGGGAGCGGUUUGGAUGAGCUUCUGCAUUAGUUGAAAAAAAGGAGGAGGAAAGAAGGAAGGAACCCUGAUCCCUGUUGGUGGAAUCAUGCCUGCUGGGCCAGACGGACUAUGUUUUCCAUCCAGAGAGGAUUCCUGGAUUAUUAUUAUUUUGAGGAACGUAAACCAAAAGCAGCACGGCAGGAAGGGUUUGCUUCCCACCCACUCGCAAACACCUCGGCAAUACCAAAAGCUAACCAGGAAAAAUUGAAUACCUCUUUCCCAAAGGGCAUGGCGGAUGGAGGCUGAAAAGCAAACCACCUCGAAGGAGGCAUGGUAAUGCGUCGCUCAGCCUCUUGCGUUGCCACCUUGGCUCUUGGCUGGUGGCCUUGUAAGAGGUGCAGCCUGCCAAGACGGGCACAUUUCACCGUUUUCUUUUUUGUGAAGAUCCUUAACUGAAAAAAAUACCUAACAUUAACUAUUCUCAGGGAUUGCUUUACUAAAAGUAACAGAAGCAUUUAUGAUACUGUAAAUACGAUAGUAUAUGUGUCGAUUAUUAAAUCGUAAAGUUCUAAUUAUUUAUAAUUAUUCUCUUUUUGUUUGGGGGAUACUUGAAAUGUGUUGUGGGCUGGGGAUUUUGGUUUUGUUAAGCAUAUCCGAACAUGAGAAAAAAUGAACAUUUCUCAGGUUCCCCGCUCCGCCAGCACUGUUGGUGAAGAGGGGCUGGUGGGUGGUGUCUGAUGAGUAGAGAGGAUGGACCAAGAGUUCAUGCAGAACUACCGCGACACAACAGCCCUGGAAGAGAGGAGACCAAGGUGGAAAAGGCAAAGCCCACCAUCAGGGUGCGUGGACUUGGCCCAUGGGCUGUUAGCCACAGCACUCGCCCUGCCUCUGCUGGUUUAUGCUGUGGUUCCAGUUAUGGAAUACAAAGACCCCAGGAAGCCAGAUUGUUGGCUGUGAAACAGUUGAGCCCAUAGUGUAAAUAAUCAAUUUUUUUGGCCUUCCUCCACAUGCCUAUGGAUAGAUGCGUGCAAGAGCUGCAUGCUAUAUGCGCGUGGGAAGAUGUGUCUUUCCUUUGGCAGAUGGGGAGCAGGGAACACAUUUUUCUCUUGCUUGUGUGUCUUUUAUUUUCAACUCCAUUUCUAAACCGUUGCCUUUGGUGGCACCUGCAGAGUCUGGUGCCCUCUGGAGGACAGCCUUCCCGGUCCCAUUUCUUGCUGCUCCACCUCCCACCACUGCUUAAGUGGUUCAUCUUAAUUUUUUAACUUCUUCCAAUGAAGAAUAAAGUGGGGGGGGUAGGAAGCAGGAGCAACACGGCUCUUCCACUUGUCUUUGUGUUCCCCUGUUCCAGUGUGUCCUAGUUUUAAAAGGGGCAGGGAGGGAAUGGGGUGGGGUGGGGCAGGGGUUGGGCUGAAGGGUAGCUUAGAAAAUGUGGAUUAAAAUUACCUACUGUCUGACUCCAGUUUUGUUUUUCACAAUACUCUGAGAAAACUGGGCCAGGGAAACCCAGCUCACCCCAGUAUUUGUUGCCAUAGAAGUAUCAUUCUUCACGUCUGACUUAUUUUAUUUUGUGUACAACCUCUUGACCCAAUGUUUAAUAAAAAAGAAGGAAGAUGUUCAUACCA